UCGGUUGCCAAGGUCGGGUCUGUGGCCUGCGUUGUAGCCCUUGCGGUUCCUUGGAAGCGGCAACUCCCCUCCCCGGCCCUGUUCCCGGUCCCCGUCCAGCCACUGACGUGAAGAUGAGCAGCUCAGAGGAGGUGUCCUCGAUUUCCUGGUUCCGUGGGCUCCGUGGCAAUGAAUUUUUCUGUGAAGUGGAUGAGGACUACAUCCAGGACAAAUUCAAUCUCACUGGACUCAGUGAGCAGGUGCCUCACUAUCAACAAGCUCUAGACAUGAUCUUAGACCUAGAGCCUGAUGAAGAGCUGGAAGACAACCCCAACCAGAGUGACCUGAUUGAGCAGGCAGCCGAGAUACUUUAUGGAUUGAUCCAUGCCCGCUCUAUCCUCACCAACCGUGGCAUCGCCCAGAUGUUGGAAAAGUACCAGCAGGGAGACUUUGGCUACUGUCCCCGUGUGUACUGUGAGAACCAGCCAAUGCUUCCCAUCAGCCUUUCGGACAUCCCAGGUGAGGCCAUGGUGAAGCUCUACUGCCCCAAGUGCAUGGACGUGUACACACCCAAGUCAUCAAGGCACCAUCACACGGACGGCGCCUACUUCGGCACCGGUUUCCCUCACAUGCUCUUCGUGGUGCACCCGGAGUACCAGCCCAAGCGGCCCGCCAACCAGUUUGUACCCAGGCUUUACAGUUUCAGGAUCCAUCCAAUGGCCUACCAACUGCAGCUCCAAGCCGCCAGCAACUUUAAGAGCCCAGUCAAGACAAUUUGCUGAUUCCCCAUCCCACCUGACCUUCAGUCUUUGACACCUCUGAUCCUUUGCUGCUACCCUUUCAGGAUCCCUCUAUGGUUUUUAGUUUAAAUUAAAGGAGUCAUUAUUGUGGUGGGAAUAUGAAAUAAAGUGGAAGAAAAG